UUCCGUCAAUAAGGCGCUUGUAUCAAACCUGACCUUGUUUUGAAAUAUUUCUUCGGUUUGGUAUCACUUUGCAGACAAAGAGCCACAUGAAAAAGUGGCAACAGACUGUUUGAUAUACAGGGAUGGAAGGUAUAGAAGCUACAUGAUUUUAUGGUUUAGAAUAUAAUAUUAAAAUGGUCAAGUUAACUAUUGACCUGAUUGCUAGGGGUACCUCUGGUUACACCAAGAAGAAACGAGAUGAAUCUAUGUCACAGUAUUUACGCAGAUUAACUCAUCUUUACUUGGAAGACAGAAAUAUUGACGAAGUGAGUGAUGAAUUAUCAAUGUGUAAAAAUCUGUCUGUGUUGUACCUGUAUGACAAUCAGCUGAAUAGAAUUCCUAUGCUUCACCAGAACCAGAACAUUAAUAUGCUGUAUUUACAGAAUAAUGAUAUCUGUAAAAUAGAGAACCUGACACCUCUUGUCAGACUGUCUAAAUUGUACUUAGGUGGUAACUGUAUCACAGUAUUAGAGGGACUUGAUAAGUUAGAAAACUUACAGGAACUUCACUUGGAAAAUCAAAGGUUACCUCCUGGAGAAAAACUUUUGUUUGAUCCUCGGACAAUAAGAUCUCUGUCGAGAUCUUUACAAGUGAUUAAUGUGUCAGGGAACAAUUUGAACAGUAUUAGUGACUUAGAAUGUUUAAUAAUGAUACAACAAUUUCAUGCUACAGACAAUCAGUUAAUGGAUAUGAAGGAACUUGCUCAUAUAUUUGGACAGUGGCAUAGAUUGUGGAGAUUGGAUUUAAUGGGAAAUCCCCUGUGUCAUAAAGCUAAAUACAGAGAUAGGGUAAUCGUCAUGGCAAAUCAUUUAGAAAUUCUAGAUGGUAAAGAAAUAUCAGAAACUUCUCGUCAGUUUUUAAGGAAUUGGCAUGCAUCAAAAGAAGUACAAAAGAAGAAAAGAGAAGAAAUGUAUCGCAAAGGAACUGUUGGAGAUUUUCUCGAUGGAAACAAAGAAUUACCUCCAGUUAAAGACCCACGUAACCCUAAAGUUCCAGGUUACAUGAUGCCAGGCUACAUGAUGAAAGGAUUACCUAGAAAGCAGUUUGAUGAAUUACUUGCGCGAACGACCACAAACAUGUCUGAGAAGCCAGAGCCAGACCACACCACUCCAGUAAAGGCUAGGAGUGGUAUUCUGAGAUCUAAACUACCUGAUAUUUUCAAAUCUCCAUUUUUAUCAGUGCAGACCCCAGAACUGAGUUCAUCAGUAUCUCCUCAAAUGCCGAAGAUUUUGCGGAUUUCAAGAACAGUACGACGAUCGCAUCUGCCCCUGUACGAAGAAGACCUGUCAAUAUGACAUUUGAAUUGACUGGUAACCUUGAUUCUACACAUCACAUUAAACCAGAUCAUCUCCUUGGACACUGAAGUUCAUGUGUAUGCUAGUCAGUAGAUCCAAUAUCACAUGCAGUAAUGCUUGAAUAAUUUAUCUUUGUUAUGAUUGCAAUUCAUUUUGAUACAAAAAGUUUCCUUUUGAAAUGAAAAUGUACAAUACACAAAUGAAGCAACAUUGACACUUUACAAAGUUAUUGUUUUUGGGGCACAGUGUUGUAUUUUACACAAUUCAAUCCGUCCAUUUGUUAUAGGAGAUACAUAUUUUAAUUCUUAAAAUGAUAUUGUUGAACAACGACACUUUUAUUAUUUAUUCUGUAAUAUUCAUUAAUUUACUAUUUAUUUAUAUUAUCUUUAUUGUCAUUAAAUCUAUUUUUAUGUGAUCAUCAAUUGUAAGGAAAAAAAUAGGUUGAAUUAUCUGUAUAAAUAGGUCAUUUUGUGGACUUUAGUUAUUUAUUUUUUUAAUUGAUUUUUUUUAAUUGGAAAGCCUUUUGGGGACAAGUUGAUUACUUGUAGAGAGAUUUGAAAUCAUUAAAAGCAUAUUAAUUUGAAUCAUAGAUUAAAAAGAACCUGAUCUCAAAUAUGUUUAAAUAGACUAAAUAAAAGUUGAAAUAAUGUAUUGUGAUUCUGUAAAGUUCUUCUUUGUGAUAAUUAUUUAUACUGCGUUGAUGGGUUCCUGUCUUAUUGACAUAUACACAACAUCUCCAUUUAUUCAUAUCAAUAAGUGUAUAAAAGUAUGAUAGAAACCCUACCCUCUCCUCCCCCCUGUGUAACUUAAAAAGAUGCAUGUUAAAUUAGUGUUGUAAUCAGAUAAUGCAAGCUUUCAGUUAUCAAUAAUCUGGCAAUUAUUUAAGGAAAACAAAAUAUAAUUAAAUGCAAAGUAUCUUCUCUUUUUUCAUGAACCACAUCUGUAGACGUUCAUAUAACUGUUUUCAAUACCCCCUCUCAUGAAAACAAAAAAUACUAUUACAAGCCUGGAUACUAGAUAUAAGCUAAUAUAACCUGUCUCAAAAAAUAAGUUGUGUUCAAUAAAUUAUCUAUAUAUCUUGUACUGUUUCUGUUUAAGAAUAACUUUCAGAUUAGUUGUCAAUCAUCUGUGACUUAUACUAUUCAUUGUUAAUCUGAUGUUCUGUAGAUUCAUACAACACUUUUUCUACAUUAUAAAUUAAUUCUUUAUUUGUACUUAAUUCAUGAUAUAUAAAAAAAAGUUCUGAAUCUGUUGAUUUUUGGCAUCAGAAAUUUAAUGUCCUCUGAGAAAAUCAGUGUCACAAUUAACACAGCAGUACAUGUAAUAUGGAAUACAAGUUAAAAAUGAAGAAAGGACAUUAAAUUUAUAUCUUCAUUUACAAUUUUUUGUGUACCUGUCUGUAUGCUUCCCUAUUUUAUCAUAAACACAAUACAAAGAUAUUUUUUUGUCUAAUAACUAAAUUGUAAUUGCAAGAAAUCUUUAAACUAUAGAAAAACUUUUAUAAAAGAAAGGUUUUUAGACAUGAAAAUUAAGAAAAACUAUAAAGUUGGGCAUUAAUGUACUACUUAAGAAUUCUUGUACAUGUAUUGUGAUGACCAAACCAUAGUAUGUUUUGUAUCCCUCUGAGGUGCAUUUACAUUUUAUCAUUCCAUUGUAAAGAGGUGCUAAUACUAAGUAUUGUGACAGUAUUGUUAACUGUAGUGCCAUUACAAAAUUAAUCAUAUAUCAUGUACAUCAAAAUAAUAUGCUUAUUUGUGAGAUUCUAUAUUCCUUUGAUUAAGUGGCAUAUUUUGCAAAUAUAGUUUUGUUUUAAACCUGAUUCUUAGGAUUAGUUGUAUGCAACUUAUGUCAUAUAUUGAGAUUUCCAUUGUGAGCAUGACAUCUCUUUGGAGUAAGCUUUCCGUAUCUGCAUCUGCUUGUUCACAGAUAGUUUUUAAAUGUUAUGUUGAUUGUAAAUAGUAAAGUAUACAGCAAUGAAAACAUUCCAUUUAUAGAAUAUUAUGAUCCUUACUAAAUGAGAACCAGUUGUCUUGCAGUAAGCAUCCACUUUGAAAACAAUAAGCCCAUUUCUUAACAUUGUUAAACCACUUUUCAGUGCUAAAAAGAUUUGAAUUAAUCCUUGAUAUUUAAAGAAUGUUUGUUUUUGAAAUAAAUCUGGUAUUUUAACUUGGAAAAUAUUAAUUUCCAACUUGUUGAUUUGUAUCAGUAAUAUAAUUAAGGAGUGAAAUUUGUAAACUAUGUAAAAUGAUUUGUACAUGAAAAAUAUGUAUGACAAAGUAUUCAGCAUUAUGAAUAUUUUUCUAUAUCUAAGGUUUGUUCUUGAAAAAAAUAAAUAGUUUUUUUAAGAUGCUUGCAUAUUAUGUUCUAUGGAUGGUUGGAUCUAGAACAUAUUUUAGCGUUAAUCAUAUUGUAAUAAAUUCUAUGGGUGGUUGUGCUUCUGAAAAAAAGUGCUGUCAAAGACUCUUUUGUAUUUUUCUGUAACAGUCGUUAUAAUAACUGUCAAAAAUAUCAGAGUUCAAAGAAAUGACACUGUUAAAUAACUGUGAAAUUAUUAAAGUGUUGUAAAUAAAACUCACUACAUUGUGGACCAUUUCUAUGUUGUAUCAAUGUGUUCUAUAUUAGUUAAUUAAGAAUCAAGAUAUAGAAAAUCAGAAAAUAAAUUCUGUAAUAUGACACCAGAACCAGCCGUAUCCAAUCUGUUUUGUUAACUUUAACUUUCACAUACACUUUACGAAUUUGACCUGUCUAAAGAAGACAUUUGUUUCAGUUAAGACAGUUUAUACUGUAAAGCUUAUCCAUUUGUUUCAGUUAAGACAGUUUAUGCUGUAAAGCUUAUCCAUUUGUUUCAGUUAAGACAGUUUAUACUGUAAAGCUUAUCCAUUUGUUUCAGUUAAGACAGUUUAUGCUGUAAAGCUUAUAUAUUUGUUUCAGUUAAGACAGUUUAUGCUGUAAAGCUUAUCCAUUUGUUUCAGUUAAGACAGUUUAUACUGUAAAGCUUAUCCAUUUGUUUCAGUUAAGACAGUUUAUACUGUAAAGCUUAUCCAUUUGUUUCAGUUAAGACAGUUUAUACUGUAAAGCUUAUCCAUUUGUUUCAGUUAAGACAGUUUAUGCUGUAAAGCUUAUCCUUUUGUUUCAGUUAAGACAGUUUAUACUGUAAAGCUUAUCCAUUUGUUUCAGUUAAGACAGUUUAUACUGUAAAGCUUAUCCAUUUGUUUCAGUUAAGACAGUUUAUACUGUAAAGCUUAUCCAUUUGUUUCAGUUAAGACAGUUUAUACUGUAAAGCUUAUCCUUUUGUUUCAGUUAAGACAGUUUAUACUGUAAAGCUUAUCCAUUUGUUUCAGUUAAGACAGUUUAUACUGUAAAGCUUAUCCAUUUGUUUCAGUUAAGACAGUUUAUACUGUAAAGCUUAUCCAUUUGUUUCAGUUAAGACAGUUUAUACUGUAAAGCUUAUCCUUUUGUUUCAGUUAAGACAGUUUAUACUGUAAAGCUUAUCCUUUUGUUUCAGUUAAGACAGUUUAUACUGUACAGCUUAUCCAUUUGUAUAAGUUUAUUUUAUGUGUGUCUAUCAUAAUUUAUUCACAAUUUGCUCAAUUCCAUGAUGUGAUAUUUAAUUUUGCUUUUAUGUGUCAUGAUUCAGUAUUUCUGUUUACAAGCAAUAAAAGAGUAAUUUGAAAAAAUA